AUGGGACGGACUCAGAGACGCCGUGCUGCGCCCCGCUCCCGAGCGAGGCGACGUAGACGACGAUCGCAACGUGGAGGCAAGUUAUUCGAUGUGCAAAACCUCCUCAACAAGACGGGCAUUGAAUUUCAUUGGCCCGGCUAUCAGUACAUGGGACCCGGCACCCAUUUGAAAAAACGAUUGGCCCGUGGGGAUCCCAGCAUCAACCGGUUGGACAGGAUUGCCAAAGCCCAUAACAUCGACUAUGAUAAAGCCAAGGACUUGAAAGAUAAAUGGGAGGCUGAUCGCAAGAUGAUUGCCAAGAUUGAUAAACUCCCUGGCCGCAAAAGCCUGACGGAACGCAUUGUUAGACGCAUUAUGAAAACCAAACUCCGAUUGGGCAUGUAA